AUGGCUCCUCCCGACCUUAAUUCUCUGUCACCUUCUCGCACUAUGGCCUCCUCACCCACACAGACGAGAGCCAUCUCGACAGCCAUGUCCUCACCUGACCGACAGGACUCUCCGUCUCCUCGUCUAUCCACAACCUCCCUGGCCGCAGCGGCAUCGCUCAACCUCGCCGACCGGUCGAGACGAUCCUCCGGCAGCCUUGCCCGUGGUGGCUCGCCCCGCCUAGGCCGCAUGCCUUCGGAACGCCGCCGCUCACAGGUUGCCAUGUCGCUUUCCCUCAAUGAUCCGGCGAUCCCCUCGCCUGGAGAGUUGCCUUCUACCGACCGUCGUUCUAGUAUCUCCAAUUCCUACACCUCCAUGUCCCCCGCGACACUAGCAGGUCGGCCAACUGUGGCUACGGGUGAUCCCCACCAUCACUCUCGAACGCCGUCGCUGGGCGAGAUUCACAACGAACUCGAGCAAGAGCAGGAAGCCCAAGUCAACCGCAUGCUACAGAUGAUCCGCGAGCAGCAGCUGCAGCUCGAUGCGCUUCGAGGCACCCAGCAAUCAGCCGGUGACGGAAGACCGUCGGGCCCAACCUCAGCUCUCGCCGAUGACUCAGAGUACGAGGGCUCGCAGAGAGCCUCUCACUCCAACUCGAUCUCAUUUCCAAGCGCGCAUCCUGCUAUUCCGACUGGGCAACCACCUCGUCGACCAUCCCGACACAACUCAUCAGCCGCUCGCUCUCCAGCCCUAACCGCUCACAUUUCCCAUGAGCCUUCAUCGGGCAGCUACUCGGACUGGCCCCCGUCACCGAUAGAGCAUGCUCGCCGCAAUAGCGUUCGAGACGAGUCUGCCUUCUACCAAGCCGAAACGGCGGCCUUAACACGGGAGAACCAGAUGCUCCGCGCACGGAUUCGAGAGCUUGAAAAACAGCUGACUGAAACAAAUGAUUUGCCGGCCAACACUCCCGCAACCCCAAGCAACUUGGUCACUUCUCCUCCUGUUGAAGGUCAGACUGCCGCUGCUGCUGACGAGGAUACGUCCAAACUGUAA